ACCACAAUGCAAAGUGUUCGUUUGGUAUAUAUAUCAUAUAGUGUAAUAUAUAGAAUGAUAUGGAGUCGUCUUUUCUUGAGGAUCUUCUCAAGAGAGAAGUCGAUCAGAAUCAAGUUAACGCGUUAGUAGGUUCACUUGAAAAUCAAUUAACGACUCCUAGAAGUACUCCAACACCUAGCGCAGUUAUAAAAAGUGUAAAUAUAUCUAAAAACGUUUUAUAUAAUAAUCUUGCCCCUUUAUCAAAUGCCCAAUCUCCAGCCACUCAAAAUGGAAUCAGGAACGUUUCUUCUGUGGCAGCACCCAUGCAAAAUAAUGGACAAAUUGAAUAUAAAAAUAUUUGUUCCAUUGGACAAUCUAUUGCUCAGGAUGGUCAUUCUUUACCCAUGUCACUGAGUAAUAGUAGGGCAAAUAUGGGUUUAAUGAAUAAUGUUUCAUCUCAAGUAUCCAUUGCUCCCAAAAUAACAAAUACUGUCAAUAUUGCUCCCAGACUAGGAACUAAUAUUAUGAUUACGCCAAGGCAAGCACAAAUAUUUAUGGCACAACGCUUUGGUUCUAAUUCAUUAAUAAAUAAUAAUUUAAUUUCUCAAAUGCCAGGUAAUAUUCAGGUUAUACCUAGAGUUCCUACUGGGGCACAAAUACCUAUUCCGCCUGUCAUGAAUACCCAAAUUCAUAAUAUUAGAACUGUUGAUCCUAAUAAUCUUAAUGAUGUUAGAAUGAGGAUGAACUCUCCAGUAAAUCCUACAUCUUUAACUCAAAUAAAAACAAGUAACCCUGUCUCUUCUCAAAUGAGCUAUCGAUUUCGUCCACCAAGUAGUAACGAGGGGAAUUCUGCACCAGCUACAUCUGUUGCUUCUAAUCUACAGAAUAACACUGCUAAUAUAACUAUUAUGAAAGAGUCUGUUAAAAGACUCAAGGAGUUUUUUCAAAAUUUAAUAAACUUAGCUUGUGCACCAAAUCAGCCUCCUGAAAUUGGAAAAAUGGUCAAAGAAUUAGUGCACAACUUAAUGCAAUGUCGUGUUACAGAAGAAGAAUUUAUCGAAAAAUUGCAGAAGACUUUAAAAUCAGACCCUCAACCAAGUCUUGUGCACUUUUUGAAGAAAACUCUUCCCCACUUGAGAGAAACAAUUAAAAAACAGCAAAUGCAACAAGUUAAUGCUAAAUCACAACAGUUACAACAGCAGCAGCAACAACAACAACACCAACUUCAGCAGCAACAGCCACCUCCACAACAAAAUUCUCCAAAAUUAUCUCUAAGGCCUAAUGUUCCUGAUAUGAAAAAUUUACAACUUUCUUCAAUUAUAUCUGGUGGACAAGCUGUAGCUCCACAGCAAUUUAUUUUAGGAAAAAAUCUUACACUUCAAGAGCAGCAAAUGCUACAAAAACAACUACUUCAACAUGGUAGAAUUCUUAUCGCAAGUUCAGGACAAGUAACACCUGGAAUAAGAACAAUUAUUAAUCAAACUACUCAGCCUACAGCUAAUGGUAUGAUGAAUAGACAAAUGAUGUCACCAUUAGUAGUAGCUGGUCGAGAGAAGCCAAGAAAUACACACUACUCUUCUGCUAUUGGAGCGGAUGAUGAUAUUAACGAUGUUACAUGUAUGGCUGGAGUCAAUCUCAUGGAAGAAUCUCAAAAGAUUCUAGCUACCGGUGCUGAAUUUAUAUCGACUCAAACACACAGUGUUCAGGAUACUCCAUUGUUACUACCUGAAGAGCUACGAGCUUCUGUGGAACGAAUAGCAAAGAAACAUGGUCUAACAGAAAUUAGCCCAGAUUAUUAUACUAUUUUGUCGCAUGCUGUUGAAAAUAGAUUACGAUGUUUAAUGGAAAGACUUGUAGUGUGUUGUUUACAUAGAAAUAAUCCACACAAAGAUGAGGUUCGUUAUGAAAUAAUAUCCGAUGUUCGCAGUCAAUUAAAUGUAUUUGAAGAUAUUGAUGAAGUUGAACGGAGACAUAGAGAAUCAAGAGAACGUGAAAUGUUGAUGAGAGUUGCAAAGAGUCGGUCUAAAGCUGAAGAUCCAGAACAAGUUAGAUUAAAAGAAAAAGCUAAACAGCUUCAACAAGAGGAAGAAGAAGUCAAUCGUAAACGCGCUGCUAAUCGAACUGCGCUUGAUGCUAUCGGUGGUCCUCGCAAAAAACGGAAACUAGACGAAGCUCUCGAAUCUUUACAAAGUACAUCUGAUCAAGGUGGAAAGCCUUCUGGGCCGACCGGUUCUUCUUCAAAUAACACUCUUCAGACGUCGAGAUCUCGUCGUCGUAUAACACUAAAAGACAUGCAGUUUGUACUGGAAACAGAAAAAGACACGUGCAAAUCUCUUAUUUUAUAUCGUUCCUACUUGAGGUGACAUUCCUCUGAAAAUUCUAAAAUAUUAAUUUAGCCCUAAUAAAUCGAA